AAUCUCGCCGCGGACAAUCAAAUCGUUUGCAUUCAUCGCCGAUAGUGUGUGAAGCGCUCACGUGCAGACGAUAAUUGCAGAUUAUUUAAAAGAAUGAAAAAAAUUCUGACUACAGUUUCGUGAUUUUCUUUCACUGAAUCGCUUGCCCAAAAUGAAUUCCUUCUGCUUCGUUAUCGUCGUCUCCUGCUGCCUGGUUGGCGCCUUUGCCGCCAGUGACUGCGAGGAACAUCGCCAGAAAGAGCUCAACGCCAAGAGGAAGGCCAAUCUCAUCCCCAAGUGCGAUGCCAACGGCGAUUACGAGGCCCUCCAGUGCUUCGAAGGUUCCAAGUUCUGCAUGUGCUGGAGACCCGACGGAACCCACAUCACCGCUCCUUCCACCGCCAUCAAGACCUGCACCUGCCACGUUCACAGGGACAGCGAAAUCGCCAAAACCCGCACAGGACUUGUCGGCAACUUCAUCCCUACCUGCAACAACAGCGGUACCUACGCCAGGAAGCAGUGCCACGGAUCCACCGGCUACUGCUGGUGCGCAGAUGAGAACGGAAACAAAGUCUCGGACCAGGUCAGGGGAGAGAUCAACUGUUAGAUUCAGUUCAUCAGUAAAUAAAGUAGUCACGUAUUA